AUGGCCAGGGUGAUCCUCGUUCCCCCGCUGAUCGACGAGGGGGUGCUGAUGGGCCCGCCGCCACGCCCCGCGUUCGGGAGGCAUAGUGCCAGCCAAGCGCCCGCCGAGUCCCAGUCUGCCGUCACUGGCGCCCCCAUGCUCUUCCACCUGGAGGGCUUUGAGCUGGAGGAGGCCGCAGUGACCGACCCCGUCUCAGAGAGCGCCGCACGCACCAGGCAGACGGUGGCACGCUUGCUGCAGCCCGGCGCAGACGACCAGUCGCUCUACUCUGCGGUGAUGAUGGCCACGCAGGCCGGCGGCGGCAGCCUGGAUGCCACCGCCCAGGUGCUGGCCCGCCUGGGCUACACCGUCAAGCUCAGCAGCUCCGCAGGGGGCACCCUCCGCAGCCUGAAGCACACCUUCCUCACAGCCACCCGCAACACCUUCAUCAACGGCGAGCCCGCCGAGUGGAUCAUCGACCCCAGCUUUGCCUCGGCCUUUGCCGUCGCCUGCCCCACCCCCCGCUUCGCACACAUCCUGGAAGCGGUGCCGCCGGUGCUGGUGGCGCCGCUGCCGCGCCUGGUGCGCGCGCUGCUGCUGCUGGGCGCCGAGCUGGCGCGCUGCUUCGAGAAGCAGGGCAUCCCGCUGCCCCCCUGGCGCCACGCGGACGCCAUCACAACCAAGUAUGAUGCAGUCAGCUCGGUGGUGGUGCACGGCAGUGGCGAGGCAUCAGCGGCAGCAGCAGCAGGCGGCCCCGGCCCGGCAGCGCCGCAGGUGGCAGCGGCGGCCGCGGCGCGCAAGCAGCAGCGCGACCGGCAGCAGCUGGAGCGUGUGCAUGUGCGCCUGGCGCGGCUGGGCGUGGUGUCCGACCUGCCUGCCCCGCUGCCACCCUCCACCUCACCAUCCUCUGGCGGCACACCCACCACCGGCGCCGACAAGGGGGCUGUGGACUCGCCGCGCAGCGUGCUGGAGGCUGCUGACCAGGGCAGCGCCUCCCAGCGCGUUGUGGGCUUCGAGGCCAAAGCCCCCGACACUGCGGUGCAGCAGCGUCAGCUGCAUGAUGCCGCCGCCAGUACCCGCCCCCGGUUCAGCCAGAUUGGCUGGCCGGGUGCUGGCUUUGGCCCUGCGCCUGUGGCCUGA